GGUAACAUUCCCCUGCCUGUCACCACUACUCAUGCGCCAAACCUAGUCCGCGGUUGUUGAUAGGGCCCCAGAGUAUCGGUGGAAUCGAUCCAUCAUGUCGAACAAGAUGUCCAUGGUCAAAAUAGCCGUCCUCGGCGAGGGCGGCGUUGGCAAAACCUCACUCACCAUCCAGAUGUCGCACCAACAUUUCGUUGAGGAGUACGACCCCACACUAGAGGACUCCUACAGGAGACAAUGCGUUGUUGAUGAUGAGGCAUGCCUGUUGGAGAUCCUCGACACGGCUGGGCAGGAAGAGUUCACGGCGCUGCGGGAACAAUGGAUACGCGACAGCGAGCUCUUCCUCAUCGUUUACAGUGUCACAUAUCGCCCUAGCUUCGAAGCCGUACAGAAGGUAUUCGAGCAAGUCAUGACAACCAAGGAGAAGUACGCCGCGCCCGGCGGCUUCGACGCCACCCUCAUCGUCCUGGUCGGAAACAAGUCAGAUUUAGACCACAAGAGGACCGUCGGCAUCAGCGAGGGAAGGAUGUUAGCUAAAAAGCUGGGCUGCGGCUUCAUCGAGACCAGUGCCAAGACCCGGACGAACGUCGAGGAGGCUUUCUACAAGGUCAUACGCGCCGACCGCAAGAGAAAACGAGAUAUGAGGGACCAAGAAGACAGCCGCCACAAGUCCGAUUUGGCAAGCCUCGGCAUCGAUCAGCCCAAAACGAAGAAGAGCUUUUUCAAGAGAAUUUUAAGUCGCAAUUGAGAUGACGCCGACUAUCGACAUUCAAGGCGUUAUGGCGGUCAUGCACACUCGCGAUCUGCAAGUGUGAUUUUGGGAAGGCAUUUUGGGAAGGGAUUAUGGCUGGCGGUAUCCAUGGCUCUCAAUAAUUCCAGCCUGUUAAUCCUGUGUUGGAGGACACAAGGCAUGGGCUACUUGUACUUAAUCAACCUUCUCUCUGAGGGGUAUAACGGCGGCCAAGAGAUUUCGGGCAGGCCUCCAGAUCCCUGCCCUUAUCAUCAGGCCUGUGUGAACAUCUAAUGCUGGAUAGAAGCGGCGCUCCUCACAUCUUUACGGGGGCAUGUUGCUUCGCAGGGGGCUAUUUAUAGCGAUGGCCAGGGAAUAUAUGCCCAUGCACAAUAAAUUGGCAUGUGUGAAUGAGACUCGUCGCUAUUUGGCGUGCUGUGCCGG